AUGUCUGCCACCGCAACUGCCGUGGUACCUGCACCACCUACCUCCGACAAGCCAUUCGGAAUCUCUCAAAUUAAGGCAUACAUUCCGGUCAUCCUCGACAUGACCAAGUUCAACUACAAUCUAUGGCGAGAACUCUUUGAGACGCAUUGCUCCACUUUUGGUGUUCUUGAGCACAUCGACGGUACAGGAAACCCUAGUCCUGAAAUUCUGAAAGCAUGGAAAGAACGCGAUGGCCUUGUCAAGAUGUGGAUCUACAGAACUCUUUCCGAAUCCCUGCUUGACACAGUCAUCACGGCAAAGUGCACCGCACGAGAACUUUGGAUCUCCAUCGAGAAUCUUUUCCGUGACAACAAGGAAGCCCGUGCUCUGCAAUUCGAUCACGAAUUGCGUACUGCAACCAUAGGCGAUCAGACGAUCCAUGAAUAUUGCAAGAACCUGAAAACCCUCUCAGAUCUUCUUACAAACAUGGUAUCAGAGCCCCGAUCCAUACAUUCCAAUCCGAUCCAACCCAUAGUUGGUCCAAUCAUCGACCAUGCCCAAAAUUGGUGCUGGCGAUCCAAGUCCGAACAUACCGAGAUCGAUGGCCAAAAAGCCAUCCUCUCGAGGAGGCAUAUUAGGGAUAAAUGUUCCACAUCGGAAGUUGGAAGGGAUCUCAAGAGCCUUUCCCCUCGUUCUCUACAGCACGAUCCAUGCUGCUUCUUGAAGAAGAUCGCCUCGCCAAACAAAUCAAACCGCAGCCAACAAACAACAGCAACUCCUCCACUCCUAACGUGCUAUACACGGAAACCGAUCCAACACCGCAACACUCUUCUCCUCGGCCAUCUUUUCCUCAGAACAGAGGAUACAACAAUCGUGGCCGUGACGGGCGUAACAACAGAGGACGGGGACGCUACAAUAAUUCGUGCACGCUCCCCCCCCCCGUGGUCCUAUGGUCAUCCCCAAUGGCCAAUGCCUUACGGGUUUUCCCCGUAUCCACCACAGCCCUCCUUCCCACCGCCUGCAACCAACUACUACCCUCUGCCUCCACAAUCAAGCAUCCUCGGUCCGGCUCCUCAGCCACAACCGCGCCAUGAAGCUCACGUGACUCAGACUGCUUCUCCUUCACCUCCCGUUGCAUCACCAUCGGCCCAAUCUCCUUACCUUCCGUCUGAGAUUACUCAUGCCUUCAAUACUCUGGCUCUUUAG